AUGACUGUUUGGGACACAAUUGAAUUAGGAAGUCGAAUAAUAGAAAUAAUCUCUUAUACACCUGAAUAUCAUGAUCAAGUAUUAGACGUGGUCAAAAAAGCUUUCUUUCGCUACGAAACUGUAAGCAUUGGAAGUGGAGUUAAUGAAAGUUCUGAAGCUCAAACAGAGAUUGCAGUAUUAUGCUCGAAAGUUUUGGAAAAAAGCUUAGUCAGUAUCAUCGCAAGAGAUAAACAGUUGAAUAAAAUUGUAGGAGUUUCAAUCAAUUUGCUUCAACAAAAAUCUCCAAAUUCUGAGCGUCCAACUUUCUUUGAGACUUUUCGAGACAAUUGUAAAAAUGAAAGCUCAAUAAACUUGAUGAAUUUUAUGAUUGAGACCGACAACAAGAUUGACAUCUUUGAACAUUUUGGAGUUGAUUCUUUCAUCGACAUCAUGUACCUUGGCGUAUUACAAGAUUAUGGAAAACUUGGAAUUGGAUUCAGUUUAGUGAAAUAUUCUGUUGAAUCAGCUAAGCAGUUGAAGCAAGGAAAUUAUGUCGAUAAGUAUCUGAAAUGUGAUCAAAUCCCGCCUCAACUUAUUUUCGCUAUUUGGAGUGCAAGAGGUUCACAAGCGAUCGUCAAAUUUUUAAAAAUGUCGAUUUGGAAUACAAUAAAAGCAAAAAAUUCGGAAAUUGAAAUAAUUUCCUAUUCGCCAGAAUAUCACGAGCAGGUGAUGGAAGUAAUUAGGAAAUCUUUCUUUCGUUUCGAAACUGUUAGUAGGUCUUGUCAAGUUGAUGAAAGUGUUGAAGGUCAAAAAGAGUUAGAAUUGCUGUGUACAGAAGUUUUAGAAAAAAGUUCAGUCAGCAUCAUUGCAAGAGAUAAAAACUUGAAUAAAAUUGUUGGAGUUGCCAUAAACGUUCUUCAGCAAAAACUUCUAAAUUCAGAAGGUCCAACUUUCUUUGAAACCUUCCGUGACAAAUGCAGAAACGAAAGCUCAAUUAAUUUGAUGAACUUCAUGAUUGCAGCAGACAGCAAAGUUGAUGUCUUUGAACAUUUUGGGGUUGACUCUCUUGUCGAAAUUAUGUUCCUCGCUGUUCUUGAAGAUUAUGGAAAGCUUGGAAUUGGAUUCAAUUUAGUGAAAUAUUCUGUUGAAUUAGCUAAACAGUUGAAGCAAGGAAAAGAUGUUGACAAAUAUUUGAAAAGUGAUCAAAGUCAACCUAAAGUUGUCGCUGCUUUAUGGUCGGCAAGGCAAUCUCAAUCGAUUGGUGCAAAAUUGGGAUUUGAAGUUAUCAAUGAAGAACCAUUUUCAAAUUAUUCCUUCAAGGGAAAAAGUUUCGCUGAACGAGUCAAUGACUUCACUCUUAUGAAUCAAUUAGCAGCCAUAAAAAUUUAAUGUUUAAUUUAUCAGUAAAAUCGUUAGUUACCAUACCAGCAGAACUUUCCAAUCCGCUUAAUAAAUAUUUUAACACCCGAUCCUAAAAGAUUAUUUUUAAUCAUAAAAUCAAACAUUUGCCGAUGUUAUAUUUUAAAAUUUCAUAAAUGCAACCAUGAUUAUUAUGAAAUGAGUAAAAAAAUUGAUUGACUGUAAAGAACUUAAAUUUGAUGUUGAGAACAGCAGGAAACGAAGUGAACAAUCAACCCCUCUGCAGCACCAAACCAACAUGAGAAGGCAUGAGGAAAGAUACACAUUUUAAUAAACACAGGCGAUGGGUUUUUAAUUGUAUCAGCUGAGUAAACAAAUUUUGCACAAAAACAAAGUUUGUUGUUUUAAUGAACAAUUUUGUUAAAAUGAAAUGCUUUUGAAAGCAUCUCAAGGUGGUUUGAAUUUAAACAAACAAUUAAAAUAAAUAUUAAAUUUAAAUAUAUU